AUGGCGGAAGCAAAGCACACCAGCAAGACCUACACCCUUCCCUCGGGGGACAAGAUGCCGGCUAUCGGCCUUGGAACCUGGCAAUCGGGCAAGAACGAAGUGGCAACCGCCGUCAAGGACGCCCUCGACAUCGGCUACCGCUACAUCGACACCGCGCUCGCCUACGGCAACGAGUCCGAGGUUGGCGAUGGCGUGAGGGCGUCCGGCGUGCCCCGUGAGCAGAUCUGGAUCACCACCAAGCUCGACAACCCUUGGCACAAGCGCGUCGCCGAGGGUAUCGACACCUCGCUGAAGAACCUGGGCAUGGAGUACGUUGACCUCUACCUCAUGCACUGGCCCAGCAGCACCCGCCCCGACGACCUCAAGAAACACUACGACGACUGGAACUUCAUCGACACGUGGCGCGAGAUGCAGAAGCUGGUCGGCACCGGCAAGGUCCGCAACAUUGGUGUUUCCAACUUUGGCAUCAAGAACCUCGAGAAGCUCCUGAACGACCCCUCGUGCAAGAUCAAGCCCUCGGUCAACCAGAUCGAGCUGCACCCCAACAACCCGUCACCCAAGCUGGUGGCCUACUGCAAGGAGAAGGGCAUCCACAACACGGGUUACUCGUGCCUCGGCAGCACCAACUCGCCCCUGUACAAGGACCGGACCCUCCUCGACCUCGCCGAGAAGAAGGGCAAGACGCCGCAGCAGUGCCUGCUCCAGUGGGGCAUCCAGAACGGCUGGGACGUGAUCCCCAAGUCGGUGACCAAGGAGCGCAUCGCGGCUAACUUUGCUCUGGACGGCUGGUCGUUGACCGACGACGAGCUGAACAAGCUGUCCAACUUGAAGGACCGCUUCAAGGUCUGCGGUGAUGACUGGCUGCCGGUCAAGGUGUUCUUUGGCGAUGACGAAUGA